AUGUUUCAAUCAUAUAAUGAUAUGGAUCAUGAACUGAAGACUAAAAGAACAAAGAAAGUAGGAAUUACCGGUAAAUUCGGUGUAAGAUAUGGUUCAUCAUUAAGAAGACAAACCAAAAAAUUAGAAGUUCAACAACAUGCAAAAUAUGAUUGUUCUUUUUGUGGUAAAAGAACUGUCCAAAGAGGUUCAGCUGGUAUUUGGUCAUGUAAAAGUUGUAAAAAAACCGUUGCUGGUGGUGCAUAUACUGUUUCUACUGCUGCUGCUGCUACUGUAAGAUCAACCAUUCGUCGUUUAAGAGAUAUGGCUGAAGCUUAA